UGGGAAAUUGCAUUUAGCACUACUCAAAUCGGUACUUUACAAUUGCGUUGCACUUUCAGUAGCCUACGUUCUAACCCACGCACAAACAAGUAGCCUAUAGAUAACACGAAAUAGGCUGUAGCCUACAAAAAUGGUUUUGAAAAUCAAAACUUUCAUCAAAUUCAAGCAAUUCUGUGCAUUUUCAACACGUGUUGCACCUUCACACAGGGUCACUACGCAUUGAACGAUAAACAACCAUUGCGCCAACGGAAAGCUUCCUGUUCACUGGCGCGGGUGGACUUUAACCGAUCUACAUCGGCUCACAAGAGGUCACAUAUUUUGAUAGCUGUUGUCAGAAUAUUGUAACCUGUUCAAAUGUCUGAAAUGUCUGACACACCAACCAAACCAUCUCAGGUGACUUAUCUGUCCUUGCAAUGUAGAAUCACAAGACAAUCCCUGAUCUGGUCAACAUCUGGACCUGGAAACAAGAGGUCACAUAUUUUGAUAGCUGUCAAAUAAAAAAUGUUUGUGAAAAUAAAGUUUCGAAAGGUUGCAAAAAUAUUUUUUAACAUCUGGACCUGCACGCCCCCUGGGGGGGGGGGGGGGGCUGCAUUCAUAUGAUUGCAAGACACGCGAGGCCUGGAAUGGGAUGUUGUUCCCUGCUCUGAAAGGUGUGAGCAGACCUCUCUGCUGCUUCCUCAGAUGGCCUGGGAGGCUCUGGGGCAGAACUUCCACCUCCACCAUGGGCUCAGCCCACCGGGAGACUGGGGCUGCCCACCGCUCGCGAACCAAACAGACAUCAGAACCGACUGUCCCCAGUACAACGUGUAUGAGGGCGGCGUUCUGGCCUGCAGGGUGUCCAGUCUGCAGCCGUACACGCUGCAGCUGCAGCAGAUGGUCAGCUUCUACCUGGGCUGCAGCUUCAGCUUUGAGAGGAGCCUGCAGGCAGCUGGGGUUCCUGUCCGCAACAUCCAACAGCAUCGCAACGUCUCCAUGUACAGGACCUCAUUGCUAUGUGCAGGAGGGGGGCCGUUCCAGUGCCCUCUGGUGGUGACUAUGAGACCUGUUCCUGCAGACAAGCUGGACCUUGUGGCCCAGUGUACACACCUCACCCCCCAGGCCCAUGGGGCGCCAAUACACAUAGGAGAACCCGCUCUGUUGGGGAUCCAGGAUGUGGGUAAGCCAGCCUAUGGGGACAGUGUGGAGGCGGAGCCUGGUGACGUGACAGUGUUCUGGGCCUGUGGCAUUACAGGAGUAGAGGCAGUGCUUAGCUGCAAGCCCUCUCUGGCGUUCACCCACUCCCCAGGGUCCAUGUUCAUCACCGACCUGCCUGACCCCUCCUCCUCCGACCCCCCCACGACCCCCCAGUUGGAUCAAUCCCCGCUCACCUUCCUCAUCUCCCAGCAGCCUCUGCUCUACAGCAUGGCGUCAGGGGCAGCGGUCCAACCUAUACGCACCUUGGAGAGACUGAUAGGGGAGGACCCAGGCGAGAGGGGAAUCCAGGUGUUGUUCAUCCAGGACGAGCUGCUGCGCUCCUGCCUGUCUCUCUCCCACUCCUCCUCCGUUCUGAUCACCACCGGCUUCCCCACACACCACACCCUGAACCCCCCUGACGAAACCGACGGCCCCCCGGGGGCCAUCGCCAUGGCAGCCACCCUCCUGGCCCUCGGCAAGCAGGUCACCAUGGUGACGGAUCAGCGCGCCUUGGACAUGAACGAGGCGAUUGUGGAGGAGGCGGUGAGGAGAGGGGUGAUCAAGACUGCCUUCCCAUUGGUCACUUUCCAGAACACCGGCCCAGAGUCGGCCAUACACUUCCUGUGUCAUGAUGGAGACCCAACCAGACCUAGGUAUGACCACCUGGUGGCGAUAGAGCGCAGCGGUCGCGCUGCAGACGGCAACUAUUACAACAUGAGAGGAAUCAACAUCAAACACCUGGUCGACCCCGUAGACGACCUGUUCAUAGCUGCCAGCAACAUCCCUGGCAUCACCACCACAGGUAUUGGUGAUGGGGGUAACGAGCUGGGCAUGGGGAAGGUAAAGGAGGCGGUUCGGGCACACAUGCCGAACGGAGCGCUGAUCGCCUGUGACGUGGCAGCAGAUUUCGCCAUCACUGCAGGAGUGUCUAACUGGGGAGGCUACGCGGUGGCCUACGGCCUCUACAUCCUCAGCCUCUGUCCCAUCCACCAGCGCUACCUCCACAAGGGUCUGGAACCAACACCCUCCCCCACCCAGGGCCUGGAGAGCAGCCUGCCCUCCAUAACUAAGGAGGAGGAGAUGUUGGCAAUCCUGGUCAAGUUUGGCGUGCGCAGCGGGAAGACAGCCAAUCUGGGAAUGGAGGUGGACGGGUUGACCUUUCACCCCACGCACUCUGACCUUAUCGCCCGCCUACGCGACUGCACCCUCACACACACAAACACACACACCUAACAAACACACUCUAUAUACCUGUGUGAGAAUGCUGUUAUGUGUCUAAUUAUGUCUGAUGUGUGGGUGUGUGUGUGUGUGAAACACUAGAAAGACUCAGAGCAGCAAUCAGCAAGUGCUAAAAGGGAAGUUUAGAGAGAGAGAGAUAUUUUCAUCAAGAUGAUUGGACCCAAAUACUGACACACCACUCAUACAUUCACACACUCUGAGUGCCUGUGGUUGAUGAUGUUAUUUCCUGUUUUUUUCUGUCUGACCUAAAGGCCAGGGAGCAACACAGUGCAGUCCUCUAGCGGUGAGGUUAUUGCAUGUGUGUGUGGGUGUGUGAGAGGGAGAGAUGCUGCCUUGGUUACCUUUCACAAUUGUUCCUUCACCACAAGUGAGUGGGCAAAACACUUAAAAAGUAGAACAACCUGUAAUCUAUCACACACACAUAAUCAACACACUUGACACACUCGUACUCACACACAAUUGACAAACACAUGCCUGGAUCAUGACACUGUGCGGUAAUCCAGAUUGUGAUUCAGUAAUAAAACAGAGAUUGUGAAUGU